AUGGCGCCGCACGCAGGGCACGCAGACCGCGAGCCGCUGCUGCAGCAGGGCAGCAGCGGCAGCGGCGCAGCGCGCUGGCGCGCGGCAACGCACAAUGCGCUGGCGGUGAAGCGGCUGGCCGGCAUGGUGCACGCUGCGGGUGUGCUGCCCGGACAUGACGUGAAGCGGGAUGACGGGGAGUACGCACACAUCUAUGCCCACGUCAAGGCGCGGGCGCGCAUUUCCCUGGUGGACUACUGCAAGGAGAAGGUGGAGGUUGUUGGGGGCCUCUCUAACAGUGACCUGCCGGCUCUGCUGGAGCGGCCACGGCCUCAGUGGGCCAAGGUGCGGUGGAUCAACAUCCAGGGGCUGUCCUGGGAGGUUGUAUCUCAGCUGGCUCGCAGGUUUGACCUGCACCCCCUGGCAGUGGAGGACGUGAUGCACAUCCCACAGCGCAUCAAGGCGGACUUUUACGAGCACCACCUCUUCAUAUCAAUGGCCCGCUUCUCAAUCAAGUGCCCCUCCAGCAUUGGCGACGCCAGCAGCCGCCCCAGCGGCGCUGGCGGCCACGUUGCCAGCCCCAGCUUUGGCCACGGCAGCAGCACAAUCCUGAUAGACACGGGCGGCGACAACGGCGACAACGGCGACGUUGACGGGAGAGGCCGCGGCUUUGUGGCCGCCCGCGGCGGACCGGCCACCGGUGCCGACCGCAAUCUGCACCCCUCCCGGUCGCUGGGGCUGCGGACGGACGUGCUGCAGCAGCCGUCGCGGGGGCAGGGGGCCGGAGAGCGGCGGCGGUGGCUGAGCGGCCGCGCGCUGCGCGGUCGCGGGGGCCGGGGGCGAGAGCCGGCGGGGGCGGUGCUGCCCAUGGAGCUUUCAGUCGAGCAGGUGUCCAUGUUCCUGCUGCGGGACGGCACCCUCAUAAGCCUCUUCCACGGCAACGCCGACGACAUGUGCGACCCAAUAGUGGAGCGCCUGCAGGGCCUCAAGACGCUGCUGACAGACUCCGAGGACGCAUCCUUCCUGGCCAAUGUGCUGAUCGACCAGAUCGUGGACGGCACACUGCCGAUGGUGCAGGUCUACGCGCGACGCAUCGCGGCGCUCGAGGUGCGCGCGGGGGCCGGCGCCCGCCGCUCCCGGCGCCGCGGGGCAGGGGCGGGCGAGAACAGCGUCCUGACGGAUGCUCGCCCCAGGGCAGAGUACACUAAGGAGCUGCAUCUUCUGUCUAACGACUGCACAUCCCUGCGGCGUGCGCUGGUGCCAGCUCAGCAGCUCAUCAACAAGCUCCAGUCGAGCGAGACCAUCGCGGUGACGGACGGCGCCGGCGGCCACGGGGAGCUGCUGUCGCCCCUCACGCGGGUCUACCUGGCGGAUGUGCUGGACCACGUUGACACGGUGGGGUGGGGGCUGCUGAAAAUUGAGGGUGCGGGGACGCGUAUGCGGUGA